UUCACAUAGCUUUCAUCACAAUAAUAUUACUAAUAAGGAAAUCUUCACGAAGAGCUAAUUAGAUCCCUCUCAAAAUGAAGCAUUUUCCUACAGCUGCUGUGCUUCUCUUCCUAAUGCUUCUCCUCUCAGCAAAUGAAAUAGGUCCAAUAAAGGUAGAAGCAAAAUUAUGCCAAUACAAGAGCAGAACCUUCUUCGGCGUUUGUAUCAGUGGUAACAAUUGCAACCAAAAGUGCCAAGGCGAAGCCUUUGACGGAGGACGUUGUCAUGGGGUUCGUCGUCGCUGCUACUGCUACAGGACUUGCUAGUUUCCUUCACUACUUCAACUGAAGUAUAUAAUGGUUUAAAUAAAAUGUAAUAAUGCUCUUUUCCUAUAUGGUUUUAUUACCAUUGUAUCGUUUUAAUAAAAGUGAUGAUCCUUUGGUCUA